UUAUAUGUAAUAAUGAAAAUGGAGAGAAUUCUAGUGUUAUUUGUUGUAGGGAUGAUGAUGAAUGGUUGGCGGGCCCAAGCCCAAAAUUCGGGGGCCAGGAGGAUUCACACUCUUGUCUCGGUAGAGUGCCAGUACUCCUACGAUUGGCAGACCGUGGGCCUCUUGCACAGAUAUCGCAAGGCCCACCAGCCCGGCCCCAUUACCCGGCUCCUAAGCUGCGCAGAGGAGGAGAGAAAGAGUUACAUGGGAAUGCAUUUGGCCCCCAGACUUGAGGUCCCCUCCAUAAGUAGGCACCCCAAGACUGGUGAUUGGUAUUCUACAAUUAAUAAACAAGCUGGGAUUGUGCAUUGGCUAAAACAUAGCAAGGAUGCAGAAAAUGUGGAUUGGUUAGUAAUUUUAGAUGCAACCACGAUCAUUCGAAUCCCAAUUGUACCGCGGGAACUUGGUGCUGAGAAAGGCAAAUCUGUUGCUGGAUAUUAUCGAUACUUGGUUGGAUGUGACAACAUUCUCGAUAAAUUUCACACCAAGCACCCUGAACUCUGUGACAAGGUCGGUGGGCUAUUAGCCAUGCAUAUAGAUGAUCUUCGAGCUUUGGCACCCUUAUGGCUCGCAAAAACUGAAGAAGUACGAGAAGAUAGAGCCCAUUGGGAUACAAAUUAUACUGGUGACAUAUAUGGAACAGCAUGGAUCUGUGAAAUGUAUGGAUAUUCAUUUGGUGCGUCCAAGGUAAAAAAAAUGGAAGCCGAUUUAAACAAAAGGAGGGCACUAUUUCUUAGCAUUGAAUGUAUAAAUACUCUGAAUGAAGGCCUAUUGAUACGACAUGCAGCACAUGGUUUCCCUAAGCCUAAGUGGUCAAAAUACAUGAGUUUCUUGAGGAGCAAAACAUUUGCGGAACUAACUCGACCUAAAUUAUUGGCUCCUAGAAAUCGUCGAAUCAUGGAAGUUAAAGGACGGUCAGAAGUUGAUGGUGAGCCUGCAAAGUCGUACCCAAAAAUUCAUACCAUUUUCUCAACAGAGUGCUCCACUUACUAUGAUUGGCAAACUGUGGGGCUUGUCCACAGUUUUCACCUGAGUGGCCAGCCUGGAAAUAUCACGAGGCUUCUUAGUUGUACAGAAGAGGACUUGAAGCAGUAUAAAGGACUCAAUAUAGCUCCCACCCAUUAUUUUCCAUCAAUGAGCCGGCAUCCAGUAACUGGCGAUUGGUAUCCUGCAAUACAUAAACCAGCUGGAGUUGUGCAUUGGCUGGAUCAUGCAAAGAUUGAUGCUGAGUACAUAGUAAUCCUUGAAUCUGACAUGAUUAUGAGAGGACCUAUUACACCAUGGGAGUUCAAUGCAGCUCCUGGCAGGCCCGUUGCAACUCCUUAUGAAUACCUGAUUGGCUGUGACAAUGAGCUUGCAAAAAUCCAUACCAAUAAUCCUGAUGCUUGCAACAAGGUUGGAGGUGUGAUCAUAAUGCAUAUAAGCGACCUCAGGAGAUUGGCUUCACUUUGGCUCCGUAAAACUGAAGAGCUCCGGGCUGAUACAGCUCAUUGGUCUAGAAACAUAACUGGGGACGUUUAUGAAUCUGGUUGGAUUAGCGAGAUGUAUGGUUACUCUUUUGGAGCAGCCGAGUUGAAUUUGCGGCAUGUCAUAAGAAACGAGCUCCUGAUAUACCCAGGAUAUGUUCCUGUGCCUGGAGUCGAGUACAGAAUAUUUCACUAUGGUUUGGAAUUUAGGGUUGCUGACUGGAGCUUCGAUAAAGCGAGAUGGAGACACGUGGAUUUGGUUAAUAAAUGCUGGGCAAAGUUUCCUGACCCUCCUGAUCCAUCGAUCCUUGACCAGUCUGACGAGGGAGCGUUUCAGCGCGACUUGCUUAGCAUAGAGUGUGCAAUUAAAUUGAACGAAGCUCUACAUGUAUACCAUGAAAGUAAGAACUGCUCGAAUCUUACUUCCUUGUCCAGUCCAAACCCCAAGACCCCAGUUUCCACUUCACUGCACGCUCCAAAUCGAGGAACACCUGAUCCCAGUUCAUUACAACCUCCAAAUCGAGAGACCAGUAGUGAAAUUACAACUUCUCGGAAAUUAGGAAAGUUUGAUGAUGCCUCGAGACAUUAUUCCAACCCAGGGAAUGAAUCUCAGGAAUUAUUGCUACCCUCAGUUAACAAUCAAAUAUUAACUUCCAUGAAAAUUUGGAUCAUCAUGCUUUGGGCAGUUGCAGUCUUUGGUUUUGUCGCAUUGAUGUCAGUGACGCUUUCCAGUCGUAAAGGGCAGAAAAGAAGAGGUAAAAGUUUUAAGAUAAAAGGGAAGAACCACGCAAUUGGGUUUGUGGGACAUGAAUGGUCAUGAUCAACAUCUCCGGAAUGCUGAAAUAUCAUAGAGGAUGAGAGCCUGAUAUAUAUUGCACAUACAGUUCUUUUGUGACGAAAAGAAAAUCAUACCGGGGGGUGAUCCAACAGCUGCAUAGUCGAGCUGAAAUGUGUCAAUACACAAGUGCGGCUCUAUCUGCAGUAGUGGAUUUUGUGUAUGUAAAUGAAGGUUGAGUUCUUGGAUUACUGGAUUGUUUCAUAUUGCAGCAUAAUUCGGAUCACAAUUUGGCAUUAUCUACUGAUUAACUACCAGUUUUGGUAAUGUCUGAUGUUAGGGCAAGUACUCCUGGAGCAUAAAACAGCGUUAUACUUAAGAGACGGUAUGAUAAGCAAUAAAUGUCCAUGAGAUUUUCUUUUUGUAGCUUCUGUUAUUUGUUUUGUGCUUCUCUAUAAUGCAUAUCCAUUGUUACACAAGCCAUGUUGUUUCAAAGAAAGGGUAUGUUCUUCCCAUUCUCUUACUUUAGCUCAUGUUGGUGUAGCUACAAAUUAGAUUUUGAUAAAAGUUAA